GCGCCUGCCGCUCUGCUUCCUGGGCGUCUUUGUCUGCUAUUUCUACUAUGGGAUCCUGCAGGAAAAGAUAACAAGAGGAAAGUAUGGAGAGGGGGCUAAGCAGGAAACGUUCACCUUUGCCUUAACUUUGGUCUUCAUCCAAUGUGUGAUCAAUGCUGUGUUUGCCAAGAUCUUGAUCCAGUUUUUUGACACUGCCAGGGUGGAUCGUACUCGGAGCUGGCUCUAUGCUGUCUGUUCUGUCUCCUAUCUGGGUGCCAUGGUCUCCAGCAACUCAGCUCUCCAGUUUGUCAACUACCCAACUCAGGUCCUUGGUAAAUCCUGCAAGCCAAUCCCAGUCAUGCUACUUGGCGUGACCCUCUUGAAGAAGAAGUACCCCCUGGCCAAGUAUCUGUGUGUGUUGCUUAUUGUGGCUGGAGUGGCCCUUUUCAUGUACAAGCCCAAGAAAGUAGUUGGGAUGGAAGAACACACAGUCGGCUACGGAGAGCUGCUCCUGCUGUUGUCUCUGACCUUAGAUGGACUGACAGGCGUUUCCCAGGACCAUAUGCGGGCUCAUUACCAAACAGGCUCCAACCACAUGAUGUUGAACAUCAACCUUUGGUCCACCUUGCUGCUGGGAGCUGGAAUCCUGUUCACUGGGGAGCUCUGGGAGUUCUUGAGCUUUGCCGAAAGGUACCCCACCAUCAUCUAUAACAUCCUGCUCUUUGGCCUGACCAGUGCCCUGGGUCAGAGCUUUAUCUUCAUGACUGUUGUGUAUUUUGGCCCCCUGACCUGCUCCAUCAUCACCACCACUCGGAAGUUCUUCACCAUUUUGGCGUCUGUGAUCCUCUUCGCCAAUCCCAUCAGCUCCAUGCAGUGGGUGGGCACAGUGCUUGUGUUCCUGGGUCUUGGGCUUGAUGCCAAGUUUGGGAAAGGAGCAAAGAAGACAUCCCACUAGGAAAAGAGAGACUACCUCCACUCCGAGAAUAUUUAAAUUAUUAUCUCAAACAGGGACAUCUCUCGGCAGAACGGACUCAAUAGGGAUAAGGGACUGAGUUCCAGGUUUUAAAAAAAAAAACAAAAAAAAAAACGCAGCAGCGAAAUCACAUAUUCUAAAAAAAGCACUUGGAUUUGAACCAGACAGUUGGCGGUUUCUGUUCUUGAUGACCUGGAGCACCAUCUAGCAUAAAUAAAGAGAGAAGGAAGAGACAGAG